AUGAGCGAGUACAGCACGGCGAUGCGGAUGCAGCAACACCGUGUAAGGACGACCGAAUAUAUUCCUCUCCCCGAGUGUGUCUUGACGGAGUUAACGAGAGGUAUUCCCAUCAUUUGCAAGGCAAGUACAUCUCUUCAGCCUUUUGCCCCCAAAGCAGCGAGCAUUGUGUGUCGGGAAGUGGAGAAUAUGACGAGUGUCACCUCGUCCGAGCACCGGGUGCGAUGCAUCUCGCAAAUAACUGGUGUCUUGCGUGAAAACACUUUUAUGGCCCAGAGGAGUGUCACAGAGUGCAGAGUAUUUUUGAAGAAACUUGCGGCACACUUUGUGUUUCCUCUCAUGCUUCACUGCGCCGUGCGAUACCUUCACCGUGCGCUUGCGACACUUCUUCGAACUGUGUACGUGAUAGACGAGGAUCUUGAGACCUGUUUCUGUGCGGCAUUCACUGCCGCUCACAUUCGUUGUUGGGGGUCUGGAACUUCUGAGCGACGGCCCACCAUUUUUGGUGACAACGCUGCAGCCAGAUUGGGGAGUGAGGCCACUCUAUUGGGAUUUAAGGAUUCCGUUAUGAGUUGGAUAAACUGCAUUGAUAGCACGACUGUGGUAGCCAUGCCUCUUUUUCCACGCGUAUUUGCUAGCACGUUUUUUGAUGUUCUUCCACUUCUUGGGGAGAGUCUGCAGUGGAUGGUCCUGAAUGCCUCUGUGAAAUGUCGUGAAGUUGGGAUUGAGAAUGCCACCAAUGGGACAAUUUUGGGUGAAGAUUUGGCGUAUGUGCGGUAUGGUAUUCGCGUUAUCACAACGUAUACGCAUAAGUUCCUGCAUCUGAUGCAGGAUGUAUGGAAUAACGGGGACAGAACCACACAUUGCCAUUUAAAAGAAGACGUGGGGAAACUUUUUUCUUCCGCGGUCUUGAUGCUUUCUUCGCCUGUUUUUCCAAAGGAUGUUCUGAACGGGGCGGGAUUGCUCGUGUCGUCCCUGUUGACCUUACGGACAUGUGCCCCAUGGUUGCUUCUCGAGGUCUGCCGACAAUGUGGGACCUUUGAUCCGCCCACGGAUGCUGCUGCUGCGAAACCAGGAGUGACGCGAGUCGCGUAUACCUCGGAAUCCUUACUGCAAAGUGAUGUGAGGGAGUGCGUCGAGCUGAUCUGCUCCGAUGAUCCCCAUCGAAGGGCUAGCGAGCGUCCUCAGGCACUGUGUGCACUGCGGAAUAUUCUUGGUGCUCUCACCAACAAUGGCCGUUUUGCAUUGUUGAAGGGUCUUCUGGCACACUUAUCCACACCCAUUCACGGUAACGUUGACUCCCUUGGCAUCCUACUGAAGCCAAUCACUCCUCUUGCGGGCGCUGGACCUUCAGUGGAGGCUUUGGAGGUGGUGCAUGAUAUCAUCAUGCCGGCGGCGGAGGCGUAUUGCUCGGCUCUUCAGGCACCUGACACGCGAUUCAUGGCCAUUCAAACCAUUGACAGCGUGGUUCGGCAUAUUUCUUCCUUUCUUAAUUGUAUUGCCGAGGUUUUGGAGCACCCACCGAGUGAGAAUGAAACAAGGAGAGGUAAAGUGAGAGAAAGAAAUGUGCAGUGGCCACACGGAGGGAAAUUAUUGACCGAACCCCAAAAGCGGGAACUCAUGGCUUUGUGUGCACGCAACACGAAGCUUACCCGCACACUGAAUCACGCGACGGAGAUCAUUAUGGGGAUGUGGGACGACAACACUCUGCAGGUAACCGGUCCACUCUACGAUGCGUAUAACGAGAUCCUUUCUGUUCACGCCGCGCUUCGGCGCUGUGCAGCGUUGUUUCCCUCAACUUUUGAAACACACGUUCUGGACGAAGAGAUUUUUGACACCGCCGAGGCAUUACGACGUAUUCUGUGUAUACCCAAUGAACGGCGUGGUAAAUAUCACGCAUUGUUGGGAAUACUUAGCGUUCUUCCCGUGCCACAGUUUCUGUCCGUACUGAAGGAGAAUUUUUCACAGGAAACGGCUUCCAUAUCUGAAGUCCAAGGACUUUGUUGUUUCAGCCGAAUGCUCCUUUCUGGUGCGUGCAACCACAAGGUUGGAAAUAUUGCCGGCGAUGUUUUUGCAAAGGCAGCUAGUCUUAUCCGAAACUCGGAUAACGCCGACGCGCAUAGAGAAGUUCUUUUCAUGCAAGGUAUCAUUGACCCACUGGUAAAGUCCCUUCUUGUUUCCGGUUACGCAGCACCUCCACAUCUGAGUGAGGCUGCUUGUGUCUCAAACAUAGUGACGCACAUGAUCAUGCCGUGUCUCAAAUCAGAGGAAGUGUUCAUCUCCAUCUUGCUUUCGCAGCUGACACAAGCACUGGAAGGUAAACAUAAUUCCUCUCGGGUCAAUCAAAGCGUUGUGGAAAUCAUUCAUCGGGCGCGUGUCGUCGGCAAAGAUAUUGGUGCCUACCUUCAACCAAAGAGUCAAACAUUUCAGGCCAUUUUGGCGAGUCUGCAGGUGCACGAAACUGAACUUCGUUACACCGCGUUGAGUCUCUGUGUGUUGAGCACGAAAAAGGCAGAGACUGUGAAGGCUUGGCAAUGCCGUAUGAUGGAGUGGUACAUCAGCAGCAAUAUGUAUUGCGGUGGAGACUCCGUAGCGAUGCGCAAUCUCUUGGAAGUGUAUAAAAAAUGGAUGCGUCGGCUUGUGGAUAGCUACGGGAAUCAAAACAACAGGCAAAAGAAGGGAAUGGCUGGAAGUGAGGCAGCCGAGCAGUACAAGGAAUUGGUGGUUGAUCACUGUGUACGAAUGGUUGGAUGUCUGGUUCCACAGAUUGGUGAGAACGCAAACUGGUGUCGUAAUCUUUCUCUCGAGCGUCGUGUAGCGGCCAUGUCUAUAUAUUCGUGUCUUCUUCGAAAUGCCCUGGAAUUUCUUUCUGAAGAAGAUGUGAGGAAGCUCAAAGAACAGCUGUUUCCCGUGGCACUCAUUGAAGGUCUGCUGGAGUGCCUCUCGGAGGGUUGGGAAAAAGCACGCCUGUCCGCCUACAGCAUUCUUAUUAUCUACUGCAAUCACGUCCCUGACGCAAUCUUCUCGCAUCGUCAUCUGGGAAACCCCACGGCUGCAAGUACCGCCAAGGCCGAACUGCUGCGCGCCCGAACGUUUCGGAAGUCAGAGGGCGAAGUUCUUUGGUACGUUUUGGCGACGCAUUUCACACCCGCGGCAAAGCAGGCGGCAGCCGAGAAUCCGUCGCACGAGUGUGAGAAACGAGUGAGGGAUGUGGAGUGUGAGAUGAAGUUGCUGAAGGAAAAACUCUCAAAACUACGCGCCUUGGGAGCAAAAGGAGCAUGUGAAUUUCUUCAGCUUCAUCCAUUGCAUGGAAUAAUUUCUCUUUGUGCGGCAUUACUUUCAAAUGCGUGGGAGAUUAAACGUGACUUUCACCUUCUUUACGAAGCAUGUAACAAUUUAUUGCUUUGCUGUAGUGCGGUGCUACAGACAUGCUCUUCCAUUGUGGGCGGCGAACCAGUUAACAGCGUUGACGAUGGUGACGUGGAGGUGGAUUGUCGUGGGCAUGUCUUUGAGAAGGAUGGUUCUUACACAGAAGAUAAAAUGCGCACAGUGGUUAACAACACAUGGCUCAGUAUCCGUACGGCCGCCUCCGCCGUGGAACGCGUGAUGAACCUUGUGAAAGUCGAGGAUCUCUCUCUCCCGGUAGUUCGUGAGAUAUGCUACGUCCUUAUUGAGUCUCUUCUUCGCACAAAACACAACGGUGUGAUGCGUAAAGUACGGGAGGCACUUAAAACAGUUGCCGCCGCACUUCUGCGUUCACGUGAUGUUGCAUUUCACUCACUCCCCUGGGAAAUGCUUGACUUUUUGCUGGGUCCAGAUGGCGUCACGUCAAGAAGUGUUGCGCGGAUGCUACGGCGGAGUCAAGGCUUACCGCACGCUAUAUUAGCAGUUCUAGAGGCUGAAGACCCGACGGUUCCUGUCUUUCUUUUUCCAAGGGCCAUGAAACUUCUCCUGCGCGUAGCGAGGGGAGCACACGUUGGUGGGGAUGAUUGCCAGCAUCAUUUAACGGAAGAAAAGUGCCGUAGUCAGCGUUCAAAUGCGUUAAAUGUUUUGAAAUUUAUAUUUGAAAAUAAAAUUUUUGCCUCGCGUUCGGUGGCGGACUUGGAAGAAGCGUUUUGGAUAGCCGCUGAAGGGUUUAAUGACCCCAGCUGGGGAAUACGGAACAGCUCCUUGAUGCUCUUUUCGGCUGUGCUACCCCGUUUUGUCGGGGAACAUCCCUCAACUGGUAGCGUGGGUGUUAACACGUCACUGCACGACAUUGCCGUUCGGGCGCCUCGUGGUGUCGCUUUUGCAUACGAGGAGUUGGUGAAGAGUUCGACGACACCUCUGCCCAGCCUCGGGGUGUUUCCGCUGCUGCAGAUGCUCUCCAUGGUUACCCCUGACCCACCACAUCUCUUCACGAAUGCGACAACAUCUCAGCAAACUGCAGACGCGGAUGUGGAUUCCUCUCGAAUUGUGCGGGCUAUUAUGCGUUGUGGUUCAUCUAAAAACCUUAUGGUUCGUGCCGCGAGUGCUGUUGCGCUAACUUCACUCGUUCCUACUUCCCACCUGGAGACGCUUCUUGCGGAAAUUAUAUCCAAUUUAUUUCAAUCAAAAAAUGGCCUUAACACGGUACACGGCGCACUACUUCACCUGCAGCAAUUUCAUACUUUUUAUGUGGGAACGCUGCGCCGUAAUAUGAGAAAAAAGGCCAUGAAUAGUAGCGCGACGGCUACUGUGGCUUUUCUUGUUAAUCGAUUGAUCGUGGAGGGUCUUGGUGCGCCCAGCCUUGCUGUUUCCAGUUCAAAACUGUACCAAGCUUGUGUACAUUGUCCCACAAUCGCUGUAACCUUCUUGAGUUUGGCCUCUGAUGCUCUAUACUACAUUCAGAGCUUUGGGUUGUGUGCGGAUAAUACCGCUCCAAUUGUUAAUUUGAUGCGUUUUGGAGUAGCAGUGGUUUACGGGGCAGUCUGUGCGCCCACGCGGUCUUUUGAGUUGGCGCGACACGAUCAUGCUGCGGUUUGUGAAAACGGCGCACUUUUCGCUCUUCUUGUGGUUCGGCUUCUCUCGCUGUCAAAGGAGGAGGCGGAGGGUACUGAAGAGGAAAAUGACAAAUUGGCCUCCUUAAAUGGGAAUGCUCAGGUAUGGGAUACACUUUCUCAGGUAUUUACGAGCGAGAGUGGGGAAUACCUCAUAUCGUGCCUUAUGUAUCACGUAAGCCACCACACGGCGGAGAAACGGUGGCCACGUGAAGAGUCUGAACGAACUAUGCGGCAGUUUACAUUGCGUCUUCACUGUGAUCCUGUACAUGCGGCGUUGCGGAUGCUAUUGCGGGACCUGUCGGAGGAUUCUUUGUUACAGAGAUUGCCUUGCACGAGGAUUUUGCAUAUGAGUGUCCAUCUGGAGUACCUCGUCUUGCUGGGCAGUGAUGGUGGACCACGGUCUGAAACUUGUGAAGCGUUGUGCAAGGCGCUGGAGGAGAACCUUCUUUGCAGAAUGGACCCCCAAUCAAAGCGACCUUUGCAAAACACGGAGGUUCAAAGUUGGGCCAUUUGCUUUCUCGGUCGUUGCUGUGUACGUCACGGUGCUUCCAGUGUGACAUUGUUGAGGAUACUUGAACACUACUCUCGUCCCUUUUUUGAUGUGCGGAACCGUGCUGCAGUCGUUUCUGCAUUAAAGGAUGGGCUGUUAUGCUUAGAAGACGACGAAGCUGAGACUGCUGUGAAGCAUCGGUGUGCAUUCUUACUGAUUCUCCUUCGGCUUCUUUUUGACGACGCGUAUGAUGUUCGUCUGGAGUCCUGUCGUGUGGUUUCCCAACUCACAUCACCAGCAAAUUUCCUGCUGGAUCACAUGACCUGUGUAUUGUCUCUGGUGUUUCGUAUCCGGCAAUCCGGUGAAUGCCGGGUUUUUGAUGCCGAGUUCUUGCAGCAGUACCUGUUGGGUGCUGACGUCUCACGAAAUAGUCCUUUGGGUCACAACGACGAAAAUAAUAAUGGUGUUGAAGCGAACGAAUCUGAUUCGGAGGAGAGCGAUGUCCUUUUUGAAAAGGAAGCAGAAAACAUGUUUGCGGAGAACACCCUCUUGGCGUACCUUGUGGGAGCCGUCAUGCACGAGGCGGGGGGCAGCAGCCCCACCUUUGGGGUGUACGACGAGCUGCUCCGUGUGGCAGAGUGGCGAGGCAGCGUGGCAGCUGUGUACGCCACACUGUUUGCCGACGACCAGUAG